UCUUUCGGAGUCCUUCACAGCUCGAGACGACCAAUCAUUUAGAUCUUUUAUUUCAACUGUGAUAUCAUGAAUUCCAUCCCGAUCAUUCUUGUAAUCUUUUUCUUAAUAUCGACUAUACAAUGUGCACCAACGGAGUCUCAUAAAGAAAAGAUUAUAAAAUUUAGAAGUGCUGUAAAAAUGUAUUCUGAUUUCUUGGAGAAUCCCGAACCACCUUUGACUUUGAUUUCAACAAGAACAUUUUUGAAUAAUACAAUCGAUGUGAUCCCAAAAGGAGUUGUACUACGCCGUUGCCACAAAGAAAUUGUAUUUUCUAAUAAAACUUUUGUUUGUAAAAGUAUUGAAGAAAGAAAAAUUACCAUUGAAAUAAAUUUUACAGUAAUGACCGGAAAUAAACCAGUUAAUAAAAUGCAUAAAAUACACACUGUAGAACACACUAAGUGCGACUGUAAACCUUAAACUGUUUAACUCCUAUUAGAUGAAUUAAUUAGUUUAUAAGUUAAAAUGUGAUAUUUGUUUUAAGAAUAUU